AUGGCCUUGGGAAACCACAGCACCAUCAUGGAAUUUAUCCUCCUCGGGCUGUCUAGUGAUCCCCAUGUCCAGGCUCUGCUCUUUGUGCUGUUCCUGCUGGUUUACCUCCUGACCUUGACAGGAAACAUGACAAUGAUGCUGGUAAUCAGGGCUGAUUCUCACCUUCACACCCCCAUGUACUACUUCCUGAGUCACCUCUCCUUCUUAGAUCUCUGUUUCUCUUCUGUUACUGUGCCCAAGAUGUUGGAAAACCUCCUUUCUAAAAGGAAAACCAUUUCAGUAGAGAGCUGUCUGGCUCAGGUUUUCUUUGUGCUUAUCACUGCAGGGACUGAAGCCUAUCUACUCUCAGUCAUGGCCUAUGACCGCUAUGUCGCCAUCUGCCAACCACUACUCUACGACCAGGUGAUGAGUAAACAGCGGUAUUUGUGUGUACAGCUUGUAUGGGGCUCUUGGGGUUUGGCUUCUUUGAAUGCAUUUAUUAACACCCUUCUAGCUGCCAACCUGGACUUCUGUGAGAACCAUACCAUUAGCCACUACAGCUGUGAGGUGCCCUCUCUCUUCCCUCUGUCCUGCUCUGAUGUCUCCAUCAACCUCACAGUCCUGCUGUGUUCCAGCCUGAUGCAUGGAUUUGGGACCCUCUUCCCAAUAGUCUUUUCCUAUGCUCGUAUUGUCUCCACCAUUCUGAGCAUCAGCUCCACCAAAGGCCGAAGCAAGACCUUCUCCACCUGCUCGUCCCACCUCACUGCAGUGAGCUUCUUCUUUGGCUCUGGGUUUCUCCGCUAUCUCAUGCCAACUUCAGGAUCCCCUCUGGAGUUGAUCUUCUCUGUGCAGUAUGGUGUGGUCACUCCCAUGAUGAAUCCUCUCAUCUACAGCCUGAAGAACAAGAAAGUAAAGGCAGCUGUGAGAAGAACACUGGGAAAAUAUAUGCGAUGGUCCAGAUGA